AUGGAAUCCGAAGAACGCGAGAUGUCGCAGCCGCAGGCUGAGGAGCCUGUCGACUCCAUCGAAGAUGAUGGUGCCAUCUCUGAGGACCAGUGGAAGUCCAUGAUGGAUGUGAUCAUGGCGAUUUAUGAUUUCCGGGAGCAAGAUGGCCAUGAUCCGUCGCGCCUCUUUCACCGCAGCGUCAAUAAGCGCCUCGUACCCGACUACCACGAGAUCAUUAAGGAACCUAUGGCGCUCAGUAUCUUGAAGCAGAAAUUCAACAAGCGAGAGUACAAACAAUUUUCAGAUUUCGUGCGCGACUGCGCACUGAUCCCCCAUAACGCGCAAACUUACAAUCGCCCCAAAUCGCAAGCUUACGAAGAUGCCCUGGUGAUCAAGGAUGUUUUCAUCGCGGAGUUUAAGAAGCUCGCUGAGCAAGGCAUAAUCAGCGCCGAGGAAGCCGAGCUGCCUGAUCUAGGAGAAAUUCCAGAGGCAGAUCCCCUUCCCGAUGAAGAUGAAGAUGAUGAGGAGGAAGAGGAGGACGAUGAAGAGGAUUCAGACGACGAGGGUCGGCGCAAAAAGAAGCCAGGGCCAAAGCCUGGCGGCAAGCGCGGGGCGCAGAAAUCCGAGCCUGACAACCGAAAGAGACGAGGUCGUCCUCCACGAGUGGAUACUCCGAUGGAAACCCGAAUCAAGACAAUCUUAAAGGGGAUCCGCAAGUUCAAAGGCCCCAAUGGUCAGUUGAAGAUCAUCCAUUUUGAACGGCUUCCAGACAAGAUCGCCUACCCAGAUUAUUAUAUGGAGAUCAAGGAGCCGAUUGCGAUUGAUAUCAUCAAGCGCAAAUCGAAGCGCAAGAAGUAUAAUUCUGUCGAUCAUUUCAUGCGAGAUCUAGACCUCAUGUUCAACAACGCCAAAGCCUAUAAUCAAUCGGAAAGCCAGAUUUACAAAGAUGCUGUUGAUCUCCAGAAUGAGGCACACAAAUUGGCCGAACAGGAAAAGAAGAAGCCCGACAGCGAAUAUUUAAUGGAGGACGGGCGUUUUCCGCUGCCCGAUGGUAUUCUGCAUCGAAACGAGUUAUGGAAGGUUGGAGAUUGGGUCCACGUCCAGAAUCCCAAUGAUGUAUCCAAGCCUAUUGUUGCGCAGAUCUACCGCACAUGGCAGGACUCGGACGGUGAGAAAUGGAUCAAUGCAUGCUGGUAUUAUCGGCCCGAACAAACUGUCCACCAUUUUGAAAAGCACUUCUAUCCGAACGAAGUGGUAAAGACUGGCCAGUACCGUGACCAUCGGGUUGAAGAGAUUGUGGACCGCUGCUUCGUGAUGUUUUUUACUCGCUAUAGCCGUGGUCGCCCACGAGAUCUUGCCCCUGAUAAGGAGAUCUAUGUUUGCGAGGCACGCUACAAUGAGGAGAAGCACAAGCUCAACAAGAUUAAGACAUGGGCUAGUUGCUUGCCGGAUGAGGUGCGCGAAAAGGACUAUGAGAUGGACCUGUUUGAUGUGCCUCGGAAGAUUAAGAAAGUCCCUAGUCCAAUCAAGCACCUUCUCAAGGAUGAUGCGAAGGAAACGGACGAUCUUCCGCGGCCGACUUGGGGCACCGAUAAUGCGCCUCCAGUCGUAGGUGCGGUGCAUCGUCGCCCGCGCGAUGAGAACGAAUCUCCGCCACCCGAGCCAACCCCAUCACCCCCUCCGCCUUCUCUACCCCCGCAGCCCGUGCCAUCUGCCACUCCACGCCAGUCUAUCAGUCAACCCCUUCCACAUACCGCGAUGGGAAGCGCGGGUAAUGCAGCAACUGCUCAGCUCCAGGCGCCUUCCCCUGCAGUUCCCAUGGCUCAGGCUUCGCCAGUAACGGUUCCCCAGGUCCCUUACCAAGCUCAAAUUAAUCCACAGAUGUACCAAGGUCCUAGCCAGCGCCGCCCAAGCAACUUUGUGCCCCCGACCCCCACUGGUGGAUACCAGGUAUCGCCUGCUGCGCCUCCAUAUACCGCGAUACCUCAAUCGCCAUAUGCUAAUUACCCCACAAACCGUCUCCAAGCCACAGCUUCUGUGUACAACCCCAACGCCCCCCGCCCCAUCGAGGUCUAUCAUUUGAAUGAUUCGGCCAAUAAUGCCAUACCUGAAGAUAUUCGGGCGCAAUUCCAUACCGAUGCCAUGGGCCAUGUACUUUUUUUCUCCGCGCCGCCUCUGGAUAUCAUCCCUUUGUCGCAGCAGAAGCUCGGGCACUCGCUCAAGUACUUGGCUUCGAAGGAAGAGCACCAGAAGAAGGUUGCGGAGCGGAAACGCAAGAAAGAAGGGGAGCAAAGGGAGCGCGACGAAGCCGCGAAGCGCCAGCGUGCAGCAGAGGAGGCUGCUUUAGCUGGUCGCAUCAAGGCUCUAGCUCCCAAGGCCAUCGAAUGCAUGGUGCAACAAGUUGUCGGCGGCACUGAGGAGCUGUACAAGGCGAUCCACCAAGACCAGGCACAGAGUAUCUGGGCUGCGGAUAACCUGGCUCGUGAGAAAAGAGCGCAGGCUGAUCGGUUAGCUCGCCAGGAGACCGAACAGAUCCAGGCACAGUCCAGAAACGAGGGCUUUGUGAGCCUCAAAGGCAGCGCCAUGUAUCUUGGAGAUACCUAA